CGCGUCCCGGCCAUCCGAUCGACGAGGCUCGUGGUUUCGACGGCGCAGAUCUCUCCUCCUCCUUCCUCAUCAGCGUGAGCGGCUCGUUCCCUCCCGCUCUCUCUCUCUCCUCCGCCGCGAACCGUGGCGGCGAGUGGCGACCACUUCCGCUCCAGCUCGCCGCGCCGCCUGGGUCUGGGCGAGGGCGAGGGAGGCAGGGACUCCUCGGCUGGCUGCCAUGGCUCGGGUGUGGCGCGGAGGAGCUCCCCCUGCCGGCCUCGCGCUGGCCCUCUUCCUCCUCGUCGUCAUCUGCGGCGGCGGCGGCGGCGGGGUUGCUGCCGGAGGAGGCGGUGUGGGCGGGAGGGGGAGCUCGGUGUACCCGGCCCCCGUGGUGUACCCGCACCACUCCCGCCAGAUCUCCUGGAAACCCAGGGUGUUCCUCUACCAGCACUUCCUCAGCGACGACGAGGCCAACCACCUCGUCUCCCUCGCGAGGGCGGAGCUGAAGAGGUCGGCGGUGGCUGAUAACCUGUCGGGCAAGAGCGGCCUCAGCGACGCCCGCACCAGCUCCGGCACCUUCCUCAGCAAGGGCAAGGAUCCAAUUGUUGCUGGUAUAGAGGAAAAAAUUGCUGCGUGGACAUUUCUUCCAAAAGAGAAUGGUGAAGAUAUCCAAGUGUUAAGGUAUAAACAUGGGGAGAAGUAUGAACAGCACUAUGAUUACUUCACCGACAGUGUUAACACUAUCCGUGGUGGUCAUCGCAUAGCUACUGUUCUUAUGUACUUAACAGAUGUAGCAGAAGGAGGAGAAACAGUUUUCCCUUUAGCUGAGGAGUUUACAGAUAGUGGUACAAACACUGAGGAUGGAACCUUGUCAGAAUGUGCUAGAAAAGGUGUUGCAGUGAAACCACGAAAAGGGGAUGCUCUUCUGUUCUUCAACCUUAACCCAGAUUCUUCGAAAGACUCAUUGAGUCUCCAUGCUGGAUGCCCAGUCAUAAAGGGCGAGAAAUGGUCUGCUACAAAGUGGAUUCGUGUAGCAUCAUUUGACAAGGUUUAUCACACACAAGGCAAUUGCACUGACAACAAUGAGAGUUGUGAAAAAUGGGCUGCCCUGGGAGAGUGCAGAAAGAACCCAGAAUACAUGGUUGGAACAGCAGCAUUACCAGGUUACUGCAGGAGAAGUUGCAACGUAUGUUAGCAUACCGAUUGUGAAUAAUUGACGGUAACUACCUUGUUGGCAGUCUGAUUUAUACAGGAUUGGUUAAAAUAAAUAGGUUCAUGAGGUUUUUGGCACAAAUUCUACCACUUUUGGUUACUUCCUGACGACAACUUGGUUUUCGUUACCAGUCUUCAAUGGUAACUGGGCAGGAAUUAGAAAACUCAGAGUUAGUAUCCAUAAUUUAUGGUAGAUGGAAAUGCACUUUAUCAGUGCAAUUUCUUUGGAGAACAAGCUUUCUUUUUAUUAUUUCAUAGAGUUGUUCAUGGUUAGAUUCUGCCAGAAUUUACAAAAAUCUGGCCUGCUUUUCAUCUGUAAUCCUUCUCACUUGUGAUAUAUAAUAGCUUCAGUGAUUCCUGGAAUUCAUUAAUCAAACCUCUGCAUUCCUCUAAUUUCUGCAUGCUGU